AUGGCCUCUCGCAGCGCGGGCACCCUGCUGACCGAGUUCAAUGCCGCCUACGUGCCCCCCGGCCUCAUGCCCGGGUACCAAGGCCAUGUUCCCUCUGUGGCUUUCUCCUUCGGCUCCUCCUACGGCACUGCCACCCUCAAGUACUUCCAGGACCACCGCUUCACAGCCAUGCAGAAGGGCCAGGCUCUGCUCGGCCGCAGCGGCCACUUCCCCACCGUCUUCUCCUCCGACCCCACCCUGGGGCUCACGGAGCGCACACUCAGCCGGGCUCGCCGACUGCACGCGCCCACCUACACACGCUUCAACCUGGACAGCAGCCGCUCCGCCAAGCUCGCUCACUUCUAUCAGAUGGCACAGCAGCACCGGAAUUACUACCGAGACAAGACGGGCACGGUGCCCCGGGUGCCCUACUUCGUGCUGCCUGUGAAGGAACAGGACCGAUACCGCAUCCCCACCGACCUGCCUCCUCUGAGUCCGAAGAGUAAGUGGCACCUUUUAAGAGUCUCCCCCGAGAACCUGAAGACGGCCCAGGCCUUCCCGUCGGGGAAGAGGGUCUCUCCGCAGGAGCGGCAGACGCGAGAUUGCUACUUUGAGUUCAGAGCGUGA